AUGGCAUCAGCAUUGGCCGGGGAUGAUUUGGCCAUAUCAACAAGCGGUCGCCGGAGCUCGUUCUCGGCGAGUUUCGCAGAAGUGUGGACGGCGACGCCGGACGUGUUCGACAGGAGUGAUCGGCACACACAGGAGGAUGAUGAGCAGGACCUUAUAUGGGUUGCCAUAGAGCGCUUGCCAACUUUUGAGCGCAUGAAAAAAGGGGUGCUAAAGCACGUGCUUGACAAUGGAAAAGUUGUGCAUGAUGAAGUUGAUGUUACCAAUCUUGGUUUACAUGACAAGAAGCUGCUAAUGGAGAGUGUACUAAAGAUUGUUGAGGAAGACAAUGAGAAAUUCCUACUCAGACUUAGAGAAAGAGUGGAUAGGGUGGGGAUUGAAAUCCCGAAAAUUGAAGUCCGAUAUGAGAAUUUAUGUGUGGAUGGAGAUGCGUAUGUUGGGAGCAGAGCGCUUCCUACCCUUCUUAAUGCUACUCUCAACACUUUUGAGAGUAUUAUGGGAUUGUUUCACCUUGCACCGUCCAAGAAGAGAGAAAUUCAGAUUCUUAAAGAUGUUAGUGGAAUGGUGAAACCAUCAAGGAUGACUCUCCUACUGGGUCCUCCAGGUGCUGGGAAAACAACAUUGCUUCUGGCACUUGCAGGAAAACUUGACCGUGAUUUAAGGGCCUCUGGGAGAAUCACUUACUGUGGCCAUGAGCUAAAUGAAUUCGUUGCUCGAAAAACCUGUGCUUAUAUUAGUCAAGACGACAUUCACCAUGGAGAAAUGACAGUGAGAGAGACAUUAGAUUUUUCAGGACGUUGUCUGGGCGUUGGCACUAGGUAUGAAAUGUUGGUGGAACUUUCAAGAAGGGAGAGAGAAACAGGAAUUAAGCCAGACCCUGAGAUUGAUGCAUUCAUGAAGGCUGUAGCAUUGUCUGGCCAAAAAACCAGUUUGGUAACAGAUUAUGUUCUCACGAUACUUGGGCUGGAUAUUUGUGCUGACACUAUGGUUGGUGAUAACAUGAGAAGGGGUAUCUCUGGUGGACAGAAGAAGCGAGUAACAACAGGGGAGAUGCUGGUAGGACCGGCAAAGGCACUGUUUAUGGAUGAAAUAUCAACAGGAUUGGACAGUUCCACCACAUUUCAAAUAUGCAAGUUCAUGAGGCAAAUGGUUCAUAUCAUCGAUGUGACCAUGGUGAUUUCUCUUCUACAGCCAGCACCAGAGACCUUUGAACUCUUUGACGACAUUAUCCUACUUUCAGAAGGACAAAUUGUAUACCAAGGACCACGUGAGAAUGUGCUAGAGUUCUUUAAAUACAUGGGUUUCACAUGUCCUGAGAGAAAAGGAGUUGCUGAUUUUUUACAAGAAGUAACAUCCAAGAAAGACCAGCAACAAUAUUGGUUCAAAAAUGAACCUUACAGAUAUGUUUCAGUUCCAGACUUUGUACAGGCCUUCAGUUCGUUUAACAUAGGAGAGAAACUUGCAAAUGAGAUUGGGGUUCCCUAUGACAAGAGCCGAACCCACCCAACUGCCUUAGUGAAAGACAAGUAUGGUAUAUCAAACUGGGAACUAUUUAAGGCAUGCUUUUCAAGAGAAUGGCUGCUUAUGAAGCGUAGUUCUUUUGUUUAUAUAUUCAAGACAACACAGAUAACAAUCAUGUCUAUCAUUACCUUUACUGUGUUCCUUAGAACAGAAAUGCCAGUGGGCACUGUUAAAGACGGGCAAAAAUUCUUUGGAGCACUAUUCUUUUCUCUAGUAAAUGUGAUGUUUAAUGGGAUGGCAGAACUAUCCAUGACUGUUAUGAGGCUUCCCGUAUUCUACAAACAAAGGGAUUUUAUGUUCUACCCUGCAUGGGCAUUUGGGUUACCUAUAUGGGUUCUCAGGAUCCCUCUCUCUCUUAUGGAAUCAGGGAUAUGGAUUGUCCUUACGUACUAUACAAUUGGGUUUGCUCCUUCUGCUAGCAGAUUUUUCAGACAAUUCUUGGCGUUAUUUGGCAUUCAUCAGAUGGCUCUCUCUCUCUUUCGGUUCAUUGCCGCAGCUGGUAGAACACUAGUUGUUGCUAACACAAUGGGUACCUUGACUUUGCAACUGGUAUUUGUGCUAGGAGGUUUUAUUAUUGCCAAAGACGACAUUGAGCCGUGGAUGAUAUGGGGCUAUUAUAUAUCUCCCAUGAUGUAUGGUCAGAAUGCCAUAGUAAUGAACGAAUUCUUAGAUAAAAGAUGGAGUGAACCAAAUACAGACAAUAGAACUGAUGCACCUACAGUUGGAAAAGUACUUCUCAAAUCUAGAGGCUUUUAUACAGAAGAGUAUUGGUUUUGGAUCUGUAUUCGAGCUUUGCUUGGGUUUUCUCUUCUCUUCAACCUUCUAUUCAUUUUUGCAUUGACUUAUCUGAAUCCUUUUGGUGAUUCUAAAGCUGUCACUGCGGACGAAGGUGACAAGAAGAAUAAAAAUUCAUCCUCUGGACAGCAUGUCCUUGAAGGUACAGAAAUGGAAGUAAAAAAUUCUUCAGAAAUUGCUAGUUCUUCGAACCAAGAACCGGGAACAGGAAUGGUUCUACCGUUUCAACCUCUCUCACUCGCAUUCAGUCAUAUUAGCUACUAUGUAGAUAUGCCUGCAGAAAUGAGGAGUCAAGGAAUCAAUAAGGAUAGACUUCAACUACUACAGGAUGUAAGUGGUGCUUUCAGACCAGGCAUAUUGACAGCACUCGUGGGUGUUAGUGGUGCUGGAAAGACAACCCUCAUGGAUGUAUUAGCUGGAAGAAAAACUGGUGGUUACAUUGAAGGAAGUAUUAGCAUCGCAGGUUACCCAAAGAACCAAGCAACAUUUGCACGAGUCAGCGGUUAUUGUGAACAGAAUGACAUUCAUUCUCCACAUGUUACUGUCUACGAAUCACUCUUAUUCUCAGCGUGGCUUCGUCUUGCUUCAGAUGUAAAGAUACAGACACGAAAGAUGUUUGUUGAAGAAGUUAUGGAAUUGGUUGAGCUUAAACAAAUCAGAGAUGCUCUGGUGGGGCUUCCAGGCGUGGAUGGUCUAUCAACAGAACAAAGGAAAAGGCUUACUAUUGCUGUAGAGUUGGUUGCAAACCCUUCAAUUAUCUUCAUGGAUGAACCUACAUCUGGCCUUGAUGCUAGAGCUGCUGCUAUUGUUAUGCGAACAGUGAGAAACACAGUAGACACGGGGAGAACCGUUGUGUGCACAAUUCACCAACCAAGCAUAGACAUAUUCGAAGCUUUUGAUGAGCUAUUGUUGAUGAAAAGAGGAGGGCAGGUCAUCUAUGCCGGACCUCUUGGUCGCCGCUCACAUAAGCUCGUAGAAUAUUUUGAAGCUAUCCCUGGGGUUCCAAAAAUCAAGGAUGGUUAUAAUCCCGCCACAUGGAUGCUUGAUAUCAGCUCUACUUCAAUUGAGGCUCAAGUCAAUGUAGAUUUUGCAGAGAUUUAUGCUAAUUCUACCCUUUAUCAGAAGAAUCAAGAACUUAUCGAGGAGCUCAGUACUCCAGCACCACAUUCAGAGGACUUGUACUUCCCAAGCAAAUACUCCCAAUCGUUUUUUGUUCAGUGCAAAGCUAACUUCUGGAAACAAUUUUGGUCCUAUUGGAGAAAUCCUCAGUAUAAUGCCGUCCGGUUCCUCAUGACAAUAUUUAUCGGAGUAUUGUUUGGUAUAAUUUUCUGGAACAAAGCCAAAAAGACCCACAAGCAACAAGACUUAAUGAAUCUUUUGGGAGCCAUGUAUGCUGCUGUGCUUUUUCUUGGAGCCAUGAACGCUUCAUCGGUGCAAUCAGUCGUUGCCAUUGAAAGAACUGUCUUCUAUCGUGAAAGAGCAGCAGGGAUGUAUUCUGCAUUGCCCUAUGCAUUUGGCCAGGUGGCUGUAGAGGCAAUUUAUAAUGCAAUUCAAACAGCUAUUUACACUAUAAUCCUUUACUCCAUGAUUGGGUUUGAUUGGAAGGCAGCGAACUUCUUUUGGUUCUACUAUUAUAUUCUGAUGUGUUUUAUCUACUUCACUCUGUAUGGGAUGAUGCUUGUUGCACUAACACCGGGUGACCAUUUUGCUGCCAUUUGUAUGUCCUUCUUCUUGAGUUUCUGGAAUUUGUUCUCUGGAUUUAUCAUUCCUAGAACGCAAAUCCCUAUAUGGUGGAGAUGGUACUAUUGGGCUUCUCCUGUUGCUUGGACACUAUAUGGCCUUAUUACCUCACAACUGGGUGACAAAAGUGGACAAGUGGAGAUACCAGGAGCUGAAAGCAUGGAAUUGAAGGAAUUCCUUGAACAAAGUUUUGGUUAUGACUAUGACUUCCUUCCAGCAGUUGCUGCUGCUCAUGUAGGCUGGGUUCUCCUCUUCUUGUUUGUGUUUGCCUAUGGCAUCAAAUUCAUAAACUUCCAAAGAAGAUAG